AUGACCCAAACCAACAAGCCCACUGCGGGCGUUCUUCAGAUCCCUGCCGCAGCCACACAGAAGUCCGGUGCACCAGCGAAGAAGGCUCCUAAACCUCCUGCUCCUCGGCUUAAAUUACUCAUCCGCCGCCUGCCACCUGGGCUAACGCAGACCGAACUCGAGAGUGCCCUGGGCCCAGAAUGGAAGGUUGGUGCGGGGAAAGUGGAUUGGCUCCAGUAUAAGCCCGGCAAGGUGACCAAAGACCCUGCCAAACCAUCUCGUUCCUCUCGAGCCUACCUGCAUGUGGUAUCUAAUGAGCACAUCACCCCUCUGUCAGAUGAGGUACGACAGGCGUCGUUCCAAGAUGCCCGUGGGACCUCACAUGACCCAUCUCUCUUGGGACCUCCAAUCCUGGAAUUUUCACCUUACGCCAAAACCCCCGGAAAUCGCGUGCGCAAGGAUGCUCGACAGGGCACUAUUGAUCAAGACCCCGAUUUCAUUGCUUUCCUAGAAAGCUUAACGCAGCCCAUUACGAAACCAGCACCCGUUGAUACAGCCGAGGCGGAGGAUAAGAAAGAGACAGUGACAACUACACCAUUGGUGCAAUUUAUCAAGGACAAAAAAGCAAGCAAAGCUAAGGACUCGUCUGCGUCUAAGUCGUCCAAACUCAGCCGAGCAGAGAAAGACUCCAAAGAAAAAGUGCAGACGAAGAAACUCCUGCAGCGAUCUGAUAAGGAAUCAAGUGCACCGCCUAUUUCUGAGAAAAAGGCUAGAGGUGAAAAGCCCACUAAGGAGUCCGCAAAGGCAGCCAAGCAGGCUGCGGUUACUGCGACAAAGUCCGGCAAAGCAAGCACGCCAAAGGAGGGUUCUACUGUACCGGAGAGGAAAAGAGAAAGAGGCAAUGCUACUGCAGCCACUAGGAUUGUGCAACGCGACCUUGGCAUUUCUCCAUCGGCGAGUGGUCGGCGACGAGGCAAAGGAGGAGCAAGUGAGCCCGGUACAUCAAAGACCGAGAAUGCCCGGAGCUCUUCAGCUUCUGCUAUGGAGGAAACGAGCAAGGAACAGGCACCUAAGCCAGCCAAGAACUCAACAACUAAACUGAAGGACACCGAGACUACAAACAAAAAAGCAACCAAUGUGCCUUCUCCGUCCGCGCCAAACACAGCUUCUACCAGGGCGCCCAAGGCUCCCAAACCCAAACUGGCAGCGACUCCACUGUCGACUUCCACUCAAGCAUUCCUUAAACAUGCAAAUCCAUCCCAGGGCGUUACCGAGGCACUACUGGAAACAACGUUCGCUUCGUUUGGUACGGUAGCCAAGGUGGAAAUUGAUAAGAAGAAGGGAUUUGGAUAUGUGGAUUUCGCGGAUCCGGAGGGACUGCAGAAGGCCAUAGCUGCCAGUCCUGUGACGGUUGCGCAGAGUCAAGUGGUGGUCCUGGAGCGCAAAGCAAACCCUGGAGGUGAGAAGGCCCGCAAGGGACGAGGCGAUGUUCAGCCGCCAAGUGCGAAAGCCAAGCCCGGGGAGAGUAACAACGCUGGGAAUGGGACUGGAUCAUCUGCUCGGGGAUCUCGAGGUGGUCGCGGGUCCCGAAACAAAGGGCCGAAAGGGGGGGGCGCUGCUGGAGGGAGCGCAGGCAAUGCAGAAAAGGAAAAGGAAAAGGCCGAGAAUACCAGCAACACGGAAAAAUGA